AUGUCGAUCGGGAUAUGUAUUGGGAUUCUGCUUGGGUACCUGAUCGGAUACUCCGUGCACUCGGAGUCUACCAAUGAAUCAUGUGGAGCUGCCUGCAACGAACCCGAUGAUGACAUCUCAAAGCGGCUCAUGUCGUCCAUGAACACAGCAAACAUACGACAUUAUUUGAGUGUUUUAACAGAAAACCCACAUCUGGCAGGUACAUCGGCUGAUAAAUAUACCGCAGAAUAUAUACAGUCUACAUGGUUAGAGCAAGGAUUCGACUCUGCAGAUAUACAUUCCUAUGACGUAUUACUUUCGUACCCUGACGAAGACAACCCUAACCUGGUACAAAUAUUAAACGAUGAUGAUACUGUCAACUAUACUUGCUCGGACAUGGAAGAAAGUUUACGACCUGAGGAUGAACAUCCAGAAAUGGUGAAACAGUUUAAUGCGUACUCUGCUGCAAAAAUGGCAAAGGGUGAUUUAGUUUAUGUCAACUACGCUCGUGUGUCUGAUUUUGACACACUGGAAAGCGUAGCUCCACAUGUCAACCUGACUGGUAAGAUACUCAUUGCAAGAUACGGAAGACUAUUUCGAGGAAACAAAGUAUUAAAUGCUCAGAACCGUGGUGCUAUCGGAAUGAUAUUGUACUCUGAUCCUGCCGAUUAUGGGAGUAACGAUGACAAUGCCAAAGAGUAUCCGGAUGAUUGGUGGUUGCCAGGCACCGGUGCUCAGCGCGGUAAUCUACAUGUCAGUGAUUACAAAGGUGACGUUUUGACACCUGGAUAUCCAGCUAACAGUUACAUGGUACGUAUUGACGAGGAAGACUCACCACUGCCAGAUAUACCUGUACAACCAAUAGGAUAUGACGACGCCUUAAUAUUUCUCAGAGAAUUGGGUGGUGAUAUUGCACCAGAAAGUUGGCAAGGUGGACUUAAUAUAAGUUACAGGAUUGGUCCUGGAUUUACAAACCCCAAUAGAAGUGUACAAAUGGACAUCCACACAAGCAGAGAAAGACGAUUGACCUAUAAUACUAUCGGGUUUAUCCGCGGACAAGUUGAACCAGAUCGUUACGUCAUCGUUGGCAAUCACCACGACGCAUGGAUAUAUGGAUCCGUUGAUCCUUCAAGUGGAACAGCCUCAAUGUUGGAAAUCAGCAAUGCCUUUGGACUACUUCUUAAAGACGGCUGGCGACCUCGACGAUCAAUAAUAUUCUGUAGUUGGGGUGCCGAGGAGUACGGUUUGAUUGGGUCUACUGAGUGGGUUGAGGAGUUUGUCAAAAAUCUUGGUGCACGAAGUAUAGCGUAUCUAAACGUUGAUCAGUCAGUGAAUGGCGAUUGGUACAUGCGAGCUAAGGCCUCACCGCUUCUGUUCCAAGCCAUAUUCAGUGCAGCCAAGAAGGUUGAUGACCCUAGCGACCCCAGUAAAAGUGUUUACGACGUGUGGUUAGAGAGAAACCCGGACUUUCUUAACCCUGUACCUUAUGUCAGCAAUCUUGGUUCCGGUAGUGACUUUGCACCAUUUAUGUAUCGUAUUGGAGUGCCUGGCGCAGACAUCAGAUACACCUAUAGUAGAUCUCUUGGUAUAUCGUCAUAUCCGGCCUACCAUUCAGCCUACGAAACAUUAUAUCUAAUGGAGACGUACAUAGAUCCAGGUUUCAAGUAUCAUCUUGCUGUGUCCCGCGUGUGGGCAGAGCUAACACGUGACAUAGCAGAGGCUAUCAUCAUUCCAUUCAACUGCAAUGACUAUACAAGCAGGCUUGUCGAGUCGAUUGACAAAUUGAAGAAAGACUAUGAAACAGAUAUGGCACAACAUGGAAUAACGUUUAGUGAUAUAGACUCCGCCAUGAUUAAUUUCACGAAUGCAGCUAGAGAUUUACAUGUACGAAUUGAUGGCAUGAUAAAAAACGAUGCCAUGGCAAUAAGAGCUGUUAAUGACCAGUUGAUGAAUGUUGAAAGAGCUUUUAUUGAUCCUCUUGGAUUACCAGAUAGAAAAUUUCUCAGACAUAUUGUUUUUGCACCAAGCAGUACAAACUCUUACUCUAGCGCUACAUUUCCGGGUAUUGUUGAUGCUAUGUUUAAAAUUGAUGAGGAUUCAGAUCAAGAUGGGCGAUGGAAAGUGGUAGAAGAGCAAAUGUCAGUUGCAGCAUUCACCAUCCAAUCAGCAUCUACUACUAUGGCAGAUUACCAAAUGUGA